AUGAGUUUCGCCCGGCCGGCGAGAUGCGUGUUUUGCAGCUUCACCCGUGCUGCCGCGCCAGUUCCUCGCGUGGCUCGUCGCCAAUUCCACCCAUCAUUGGCGCCCCUACAGAAUCGGAAACCGAAAUACCCCAAUGUCAAGGCGCCCGAAGAAGGAUCCCCUGAUGCCGGAAAGCGAGUGUUGAAGCCUGAGCACUUCGAGGCCUACACCAAGGAGGACAAGGACCGCUUGGCAAAGGAGUACACUGCCGCUCAGAUGGACGCCAUUGCCGCCGGUGAAUCUGCCAUUGACCCCAAGGAUAUGGCCGACCAGUUCCGACCGCGGGACGAUCCCAUGAAGUUCAAGUACCUGGACGACUUCUCGGUGAUUGAGCCGGGCAUCGACCGACAUGUUCGGGCGCCCGAGUCCAACUCCGACUACGACUUCAAGCUCAAGAGCGAGGACGAUUUCGUGGAUGAUUUCAGCCGCUUCUUUGCCGAGAUGCCAGAUGAUGCGAGUGGUGCGGAUUUCGUGCGAUUUGCAGAUGAGCUGCGCCUGACCCAUGGCAAGGAGGAGAAUGAACUGAACCCGCACAGCUCGCUCGUACCGGACCUCUUUGGGCCUGGGGAGACCGUCGACGAGCCUCGCACGGAAGAAAAGAAGAGUGCGGCAGAAAGGGGUGAGAAGGAACGCUCUUUGGUUGCUGAGGAGAUGACCGAUGCCCUGAAGAGCCUUCUCCUCGCUACGGGCUACACCGAACGCCAGGUCAGCGAGCUCCGCACCAAAACUCUCGUUGCACACAGCGUCACAAACCAAACUCGUCUUGGCAAGGUUCGUCGGGCCUACCGUCUCUCCGUCGCGGGCAACGGCAAUGGGUUGCUGGGCAUCGGCGAAGGCAAGUCCGAUGAGGCUGCUGAUGCCAAGGUCCAAUCGGUGUACCGUGCCAUUCGUAACAUGCAGCCUGUUCCUCGAUACGAAAAUCGUACAACCUUUGGCGAUGUGAAGGGCAAGGUUGGGGCCGUUGAGUUGCAACUGAUGCACCGCCCUCCAGGAUUCGGUCUUCGCACCCAAUACCUUAUCUAUGAAAUGUGCCGUGCGGCCGGUAUCCACGAUCUUUCAGCCAGGGUAAACCGUUCUCGCAACAAGAUGAACACUGUCAAGGCUGCUUAUCAGGCACUCAUGAGCCAGAAGGAUCCCGAGGAAGUCGCUCGGGCUCGCGGCCGUAAGAUGGUCGAUGUUCGCAAGGUCUACUAUGCUGGCAAGACCUAG